AUAGGAAAUCAGAUGACGGAGUAUUGUAAUCCAGCUGGUCACCAUUAAACGUCAACCUUUGUGGAGACGCCUUUCCAUACUAAUUAUUUAUUUACGAAGCCUCAUAUAAUAGUCAAAUGUGCUUCUGGCUGCUGUUGUGCGCAGGACAGAGACACAUUAACGUAGUCGGCAAUCCCUCUUUAACUGGAGAACUAAGUUACGUGUGAAAAAGGUAAACGACUCUGUUGGUCGAUAGGAAUUUAUUUGCGCUUUUUAUAACAAUACUGGAUUAAGAAAAUUGGGAUCCUCGGUCUGGUUUGGCACAAGAGCAGUGCUGGAUCCUAGCUAGACCUUUAACUGCCAGAAGCAACAAGUAGUUUCUCAGUGUGGACCACACCCCCUUUUUAUGUCAGACGCUUUACAAUCCUGAACAGCAAGAAAAUGAGGAAGCCGAGCCCUUAACAACCUCUGGUACUGGGAGUGUGAGUACAGGGAUAGGUCUCUUGAGAGAAGAGCAGGUUUUUGAGGCCGGUGAUGCAACUCACCUGAAUGCCUUUUAUUCCCACAGUGAUAUCCGUCUCUGCUUGGCAGACAUACACCCCACCGUUCUUAGUUGUUUCCCAGAUAUUUCUCAACUCUGGAGCCUUUUCAACCCUCCCGGCUGGGAAAAACCCAGCUGACCACCAAUGCACAAGAGACAGAGAAGAAAGCCAAGGGAAGAAGGAAUUCAUGGGGGAGGAGGUCACAGAAGAAUUCUCUUGGGGACGCAGUCAGCCCUUCUGAAAGGAGUCCACCAAAGUCCCCUUCAGCCAAGCUGGGGAAAGCCGGGGUGAAGCCUGACUUGGACAAGGAGUCACCUGUUUUCGCUAUACCUGUGUGUGUGAGUCCUUCAGAUGGGGAGUCACCUCGUUCCUCUGUCUCUGAAAGUCCUAUUUCAGAGAGCCCAGAUCUGCUUGAAUGGCACACAGAGGGUGCAGAGACCAAACCCCAGAGCCCCAGGGCAUCAACUGGGGAGAAGUACCUUGCCAGGAAGGUCGCCGUGAGCUCAACUCUGAGUCCAGAGAGAAACAUGCAUGUGGGGAUGAGUAAACUACAGAAAGGCUUCACAGAUACAGCAAAGAAGAUUUCCUUGAAGUCUGAGCCUCAACCGCUUCCCGAUCUGAAAAAUGUGAACUUGAACAUAAAGCGUGCAAACAGGAUUGCAGAUAAAAUUAGUUUGUUUGAGAGACGGGCAACAGGUCAAGCCCAGAAGGCCAGUUGUGGCACACAAAGUAAGGAUUCUCCCAGACCAAUGGGGAGACUGUCAGUGAGGACUGCAUGCAAGCCUCACUCAAAAAACGGUGAGGAGGUUGUGCAUGGAACUCCUGCUCCAGACACUCACACUGCAUCAGUGGUAGUGCCAGAACGCACUGACCGAACCAAAGAUCCAAAGUAUUCUACAAAACUAAGCACUAAGAGUGUAAAGGAACGGGCAAGGGACUUUACAGAAACAUGGCGAAGUGAAAACAGAAGUAAUAUUGGGAUACGUCACAAUCCAUACCAUAAAUAUGCCCAGAAAGAUACCUCUAUGUCACACUUAAAAUCAAGCAGUGGGGAUGAUGCUCCUUUAGGUCAAGAUAACAAAUCUAAGAUGAUGCCUGGACAACAGUCAGGAGCUGCUCUAAAAAAUCAAAAAGUGUCAGCCACCACGGAACGUAUCAAACUGAAUAAAGGAGAGAGUAAGGAAGGAAAUAACUCUAUAAACCCAAGUUCUAAACUUAGCCUGGAGAAAGGCUGUGGAACUGGCAAAAGCGUGAAAGUUCUAACUAAAAAGACCUUUAUAAGACCAAGUAGUGGUGGAUCCUCAAAUUCCUUUAACAAGGAGAGUAAAAAGGUUCAGUAUGAUAAGAACAUCUUAAUACCAAAAGAUGAGUUACCUAAAACACCAUCAGGAAACACUACAAUCAAAGAGGAAUCCAACAGUAGAACCUCAGAGUCUGAUGUGAAGGACCUUAAAGGGAAAAUAGAAAGCAAAGUGUCAGUGACUGAGAACGAAUCACCUGCACCUCUUAAAAAGGAAACACAGGAUGAGUCUGUGGAGAGAAAACUAGCAGAGGAAGCCAAGGAUUUCCUACACACACCACUGAAUGAAACGAAGCUGCCUUUACCAGUAUCAUUACAGGAUGAUGAAGAGGUCUCACAUCAGAAGUCCGACUCAAUAGUCAUAAAUACGCAGGAAAAUCUAAUAAAACCUCUUACUGAUCAUUCAAGAUCAAAGGUAUCCAAGCCUAAGAAGAAGUCUGAAAACCAUUUUUUUGUGGAUGUAACAACUUCAGGAAAGGACAUCAGCCGUGGCAGAACUGGCACCCAGCCACCUGAUGAUCAGUCACCAGCUCUUGUACCAUCUGGACCUGCUGGAAAAAUGUUGGAAGAUAAGAUCUUGGAUCAAACAGGUCAGGAAACUCAAAAAGAUCAUCAACUUCAUACUAAUUUACAAGAAGAGAGUAUACAUGUAAAAAGUGCAGUUGAACCUGCUAGUGUGGGUCAAACGAUUCCUGUACAUCUACAACACCAGAAUGUGGCUGAUGAGACAGACUCACCUAACCUUGUCUGCACAGAGGUGACAGAGUUAUCUUGUGAUACAGGGGAAUUCCCAGAAGUUACAGAUUUUGGUUUUUCUCCUUGUGCAUCUGUAUGCCAAGUGCCAGAUAAUGAAAAUAAUCAGAAUGAUAUUGCUUCUCAAUCAAAAGGGAAUAACCCUAUAGCUAUUCAUGGAGAAAGGAGUGGAGAAGAAAAGUGGUCAGAGGCUGAUGGGCCAGAUAUUAAGAUUAAAAAUAAUUAUGACCCCAACCCAACUGUGAUUCCAGGAGUGGAGAUAUCAGAGCUGAGCCUGAAGGAUAAGGCUCCCCUAAUGCACCAAUCAUUUGAAGAGAAACAGGUAGAGUCACCACAGGAACCAUUGAAACAGAGAGAACUUCCCGAAGCUGUAGAUGGGAUGCGGGAAGAUGCCACAAGAGUCCCUUCAGGUGCAACACACAGAAUUACGAGGUACACUGAAGAAUCAUUACACAAGGCAAACUCUGCAAUGGACUCACAGGCAGGUGGUGAGCUGAUAAAGCCUGUCACCGAGUCUUUGAAACCUGCAGAAACUAAGCCGCAAACUGACACUAAUCACAUGGAUGAAAAAACCCUUGAGAAAAUACUAGACACAACACAUUCUACUAGUCAAAGUUAUCACACUGACAUGAAAUUAAAUCAUGUUAAUGACAAAGUCUUUGAAAGCAAAGUCGAUGGGCCCCAGCAGCCUUAUAAUGCACAAAAAAAGGACGUGUCUGUGAAAGAUACCAGUGUAGUCAGCACGGUGUGUGAGGCAAGAGGGCCACAGUUGCUGGAUGAGCCGUACAGAGUCAUGGAGAAUGUCCAAGAGCUGGACUCAGAAUACAAUGAAAUGGAAAGAACUCCUUCUGUGCCAACUAUCCACAGUGACCAAAGUAACGAAUUGGGACUGUCAGUCGAAUAUGGGUCAGGCAUUAAGGCUGAAAUUCCCCCUGUUACUCCAAUUGUAAAUGGAGGAAGCCGGUCUGACUCCCAGAUUGAAGUGAGGGAGAGCGCCUCCUGUCUCACUGACCUACCCAAUGGUACAGAGGCGGCUUGUGCUGUUAAAAAUAGGUCAGCAACUCUCCAGCAGUUCCAGAUGAACAAGUGGCCUGUCUCCACUGACAAACAUGCCGUUCUGUCCAGCUGGUUGGAUGUGGAACAGAAGUUCACUAAGAAGACACAGAAGGGCAUCAGCGGAACAUUAAGAUCUUCUAUCAAUGAAUACAAUCUUUUGGGCACCUCCAAUGAGUUUGAGGGCUUUAUAGAUAACAUUAAGAGGUUGGGCUCCCCAUUCUCUCUUCCCCUAAAGAGACAUGGUCAGCCUAAAGUACCCCUGCUUCAUUUCACCCUGCCUGUGAUUAAAGAAGAAUAUUUUGAGAAGCUUUUUAAUCCUAUGGAUUUUGAGUUUGGAAUGGGGAAGAACAAAGCCAAGAUGGAUCUGUGUCCUGGUGAGUUUGUUAAGCGACACAGCACUGAUGCAUAUAGUAGCCUGAAGCCCAAACAGGUUAGUACAGAUAGAACCAGCAAGCUUUUCCAGUUACUUCAGAACGAUCAGAAGAGAGGCGACCAGGAGCAAGAAAACGAGAUGAAACAGGAGCCUAAGAAAAUGUCCUCACGUCUGAGGAGCAGCUCUAUACUCUCUAGCCUUAUGAACUCCUCCUCUGGGACAAAGAAGCCCAAAAGUAAAACGGACUCUGCCCUGAGCAGCCCAGUUUCGACUGGCGUGGUUUCAGAUCCACUGAUCUCAGUAACACAGACUAUGGUAACGCUAACUCCACUGCCAAGUGCAGCCAUUCAGCCCACUGUGCCUACUGCAGGGACAGAGGUAGUGCAGUGCCUCUCAGCAUUUCCAUCUCCCAAACCUCCAGAGCAACCUUCAAAGUAUCUUCCACUGGAGGCAGAGGUGACAGCUGUAGACAAAUUCCACAAACGUCCCGGAAAGAUUGUCAUUCAUGAGAAAGCGCAUUUCACUGGUAAAUCAUUUGAGAUCUUUAGAGACGUGGUGGAUGCUUCAUCACUAAAUCUGUCAUCAGUCAUUUCUGUCAGAGUGGUCAGAGGAUGCUGGAUGUUGUAUGAGAAGCCUGGCUUUGGGGGGCGCUCAAUCGCCCUGGAGGAGGAGCCUAUUGAGUUGCUUUACCUGUGGGCCGAAGAAGGGGCGUCCCAUGCACCAUGUCUGCAGUCGACUCCAGUCCCCCCUGUCAUUGGUUCAAUCCAGUUGGUUAUCAGGGAUUACAGGCCAGCACACAUUGACCUGUUCACAGAGCCUGCAGGUUUAGGGAGGCCGUCAUCCUAUUUUGACAACACCCCUGAUAUCUGCGCUCUCAGGAUUCAACCAAGCACAGCAUCCAUAACAGUUCAUUCUGGCAUCUGGUUGGUCUACAGUGAGGCAAGAUAUGCUGGUCAAUUGGCCGUGCUGGAACCGGGCCAGUACCCCAAUUCCGAGUCCUGGGGCUUCCCGGCACCCUGUGUCGGUUCCAUACGACCACUCCGAAUGGGUGGACUGAAGGUUGAGAACCCAAAUGAAGUAAAGGCCCUGGUGUAUGAGAAGGCAGGCUUUGAAGGACCUUUCAUGGAGCUGGAAGGGAAUGUUUUCAGUUUUGGAGAGAAAGCAGGGAAAAAACUUUAUGGGAAGGCUAAGAGCUCAGUCUCCCAUGGCAGCAAGAUAAAAGCUGUGGGCUCAGUGAAAAUUCUUGGAGGACUCUGGGUUGGUUAUGAGGAGCCUGGAUUUGAGGGCAGGCAGCACGUCCUGGAAGAGGGAGAGUACGUGGACUGGACUGACUGGGGAGGCACUGGAGAGCAGCUCCUUUCCAUCCGACCUGUGAUAGCUAACUUCCUGUCCCCAUAUGUAAAGAUGUACAGCGAGACAGACUGUGAUCAAGGAAUCAGUGCGGAUCUUUUUGAGCCCAUCACCAGCCUCGAGAAAAUGGGUUAUGGAGUGAAGACACAGUCCAUCGAGGUGCUUGGGGGCGUCUGGGUGGCAUUUGAGGAACCAGGUUUUUCUGGAGACAUGUAUGUGCUUGAGAAGGGUCUCUAUGGAAAUCCAGAAGACUGGGGAGCCCAGAGCACACAAAUCCUAUCUAUACAGCCUGUGGUCCAGAACAUUGUGGGUAAAACUGCUACAUUUAAGCUGCAGCUGUUUUCCAAGCCUGGCUUCAAAGGUACCGUCCGAUUUCUUGAGGGGAGUGUUUCUGAACUACCCGGGGAUGCCUCUUUGGGCUCCUGCAGAGUGCUGGCUGGCAGCUGGCUGGGAUUUGAAGGCCCAGGCUUCACCAGCAGCAUGUAUGUCCUGGAGGAGGGCGACUAUCCCAGCCUUGGCGCCAUCGGCUGCUUCUCAGCCGGCUCCUCCCUUCGCUCCUUCCAGACCACAGGCUUUGAAUUUUCUGUCCCCUCCAUCACCCUCUUCACCAAACCUGGAUUCCGGGGCAGGAAGGUGGUUCUCAAUCAUGGAACUGUGAACCUCCAGAUGAAUGGCUGUGACACCUGGGUCCAGUCCGUGCUUGUGGGUGGGGGACUGUGGGUCUUGUAUGAGGGAAUUAGCUUCCGUGGCCGUCAGCUUCUUCUGAGGCCCGGCGAAGUAGCAGACUGGUACAAGUUCAGCAGCUGGCGGCAAAUCGGGUCAUUGCGUCCACUGAUCCAGAAAUCAGUGUAUUUUCGUCUGCUGAAUAAGGAAACUGGGUUGUUAAUGUCACUCACUGGAUCACUGGAUGACAUCACACUGAUGCGAGUUCAGGCGGCAGAAGACACAAACGGGGCUGAGCAGAUCUGGGCCUAUCAGUACGGCCUGCUGUUCUGCAAGGUAGCUGAAAACUGUUGCUUGGAGACUUCUGGAGGCAUGGUCAUGGCUGGAAGCCGGCUCAGCAUCUCCCCACAGCCUGGGAAGGACAGCCAUUUCUGGACUGUUACUGCAGACGGGCUUGUCUAUUGCGUCAUGAGGCCAGAUUUGGUGCUAGAGGUCAAAGGAGGACAACAGUAUGAUAAAGCUCAAGUGAUUCUAAACACUUUUGACGAAAAUAAGAAAAAUCAAAGAUGGUCUUUGGAGAUCUUAUGAUAUCAUGAAAAAAUAUGUGUAUGUAGUUAAUCCACUGACUUGGAGCCCAAAGGUGUUACAGCUCAGUGGUGAAUUCUAGAGUACAAUUUAGAAAAAAUAGCUGACUAUAUAUGGACACCUAUCACUUAAAGUAAAUAUAAAUGGAAUUUCCUAUCUAGCAGAUACUUUUAUUCAAAAUGAUGUUAAGUGAGGCAAAUAGCACAUCAUUAGUAUAUGCUGAUUUCAGGCCAAAUCCAUGGCUAUUUUGGCAACAGAUACAAUGAGGUUUCUAAAAAUUUCUGUUUUGUAUAUAUGAAUGUCUAAACUUUUAUUAACGUCACAUGCAUUUGAAGAUUAAAUAUAUGAAGCUGCUGGAAAUACA